AUGGAGGCGAUUAUAAUUGACGAAAGCAUGGAACUGGCGCCUGAUACCGCCAGAUACUUUGAUCCCCACGAUGAUAUCGAGAUAGACUUGGAUGAGGUGGGCGCUCCGAGCCAUGACGAUGACGUGAUCGUUGACGAUGCGUCCAUGGCCGGGUCAGAUCAGGCAGAGAUCAUGGGAGGGACACACGAACCCGUCAAGGACGCAGACAUGGUGGACGAUAGCCAUGGAGCUCAACACGUCGAAGAUAGUCACAAACAAGCCGAAGAGGAUUAUCAGUUUGUCGACGGUGCACUAGAUAUCGACAAUCAGUCCUACGAGAUGGAGGAUGAUUAUGAGGAGGAUAUAGAUGCCCCGAUCCCAGGCACGGGCGUGAUGGAACCUGAUUUACCCGGUAAAGGUGCCCCUUCGGCUGAAAUGGCAGAAGACGGUUAUAAUGGCAUGGAGGAUGAGCCCACAGGUAUGGUUGAACCAAGUGUUCACCCCGAGGUGACUGAACAGAAUGUGUCAUCAGUGUCCAAGGAAAGGAGUGAGAAUUCUGGUAUACUUCCACCAGGGGAGCAGGAACAGGUUCACGAGGUAAACCUUAGUGCCGGUGAACCAGACCAGGGCAUUACUUCCGAUGAGCAGCCUCAAAAUGCGGAACAUCUCGAGACUGAAGAGCCAGUCUAUGGGGUAAAUUCUCCAGAGGAGGGCCCCGUUCCAAGAAAGAGUGAAACUGGCGCCCAAGAAAGCGAGGCUUCUAUAUUACACAAUGUUCAAGUCUUGUAUCAAGACAGCGAAAUCUCCCUAUUCCCUCCCAAAGAAGAUGAUCUAUCCGAAACGUAUUUCCUCGAGGAUGAAGCUUUGGCAGAUGAGCCUAUUGGAGAUUUGCUUAACGCCUGUCGGGUAGUCUUGGGAGACCAUAUGGGAACGGAAGAAGAGCUCUACAUGGAGAUAGAGUGCCUUGGGCUCCAUCUAACAGAGGCUGUCCAUCCUCCCAUAUCAUUGUCACAGAUAGUUCAAGUAUACCUUGACCUUUGCCGGAACGAUGGGGAUACUAACCCUGGCCCUCUUUACAUAACACUUGCCACGCAACCGUCUUUUACACAGAACUUCAAUACUCUUUCGGAAGCAGCUCAGUCUGGCAAAGGGCUCUCAUAUGUUGGUAAAUGGGACGAGUGCGAGAAUCAAAUAAUGUUUGAAGAGCAUGAGAACACAGAAAGCCAGCACGGAGAAGAAGCAGAAAACACAGAGAUUGGCGAAAAAGAUGAAGAAACUGAAGCUCCGGCACAUGAACCGUCAACUCCCCAAAGCCACUCGGAAGUGGACCAUGAAGAGGACAACAAAGAGGAGACUUACGUGAAUGAAGGUAUUGAAAUUAAUUCAAAUGAAACAGAACAUCAGGAAGCGCAACCCGUCUCUGCCGAAGUUGCUGAAGUUAUAGCAGAAGCUGAGGCCUCCCAUGCGGAAGUUAAUCAGGCAGAGCAAGAAGACGCUGCCCAUGAAUCCUUUCCUCCCGAUGAUGGCGCCCAACAGGUGACAGAUCAGAAUUUACCUGUUGAACAAGUCGAAGAACUAGGCUGUGAAAACGCGCAAGAAAACGCCCAAUCCCCAAUUCCCGACAAUGAAGGUGUUGAACCUUCAGUACCUAAUACUUCUCAAGAUACUAACACUGAGCCCACCCAUGAAAGUGUCGCAGAUGCCCACGAAGAUUUUAUAGAGAUCGACCUGGAAGCAUUUGAUGAAGAAUCACAUAACGAUGAUGACCAUGUGAAUGAUGGCUCUAGCCAUCCUUCCCAUGAACAGGCUGCCGAACCUAGCACUCCAGAACCAAGUUAUAACCCACUCGAGGUUGAUGAAGAUAUCUUCAAAAGUCCCACUGCUGCUGAAGUGGAGUUACCUAAUGAAUCUCCCGAAGAUCAAAAAACUGAUCGACUAGACGAGGUUGCCCAUCCAACUGAAACAUAUGAUGAGAACCAGAUAGAAACUAUUCUACCUGAAGGCCGGAACAGUGAUGAAGACACAGCUUCUGCGAUUCCUGUAGAAGAAGGCCAAGCCCAGGACUUUAACGCAAUAGAAGUUGUAGACUCUGCAACUGGAGAGACUCUAUUGGAGCCCAACGCCGAGUCUAAAGAGCCAGAGGUGAACGUUGAAGGUGUCACAAUUCCUGGUUCGGCAGAGUUGGAAGCUGAUUGGCACCACGACGCUCCCGAGAACCGAGAUCUGGUUGACCCUGAAGAAGAACCCUACCAGACAGAGUUGCUGGAUGGAGAAUACCUGGAAGCCCACAAUGUGGCAGAGGAUGCAGAAGUGACAGCGUCAAAACAAGAGCCCGAAUCCAACGGAACAGCCCAAAACGGCACAGAUUUCCAGGAGCAGAGCCCAAAAGCUGGCAAGAGGCCUCGUGUGGAUGAUGAGCCUAGCAGCAUGCCAAACACAGUACCGGUGAUAAAGAAACCUCGCUCAGAAUGA